UCUUAUAUGACUUCCACGUUGACAAUGAAUCGCGACAGAGAAUUUUGGCUUCACGUACUGACAUCAAACCAAUGUUUCAGACUGUGGAACAUGUACUCGCGUAUUCAUGGGGUCUCACAGGCUCUGGAACCAUUCACAACUAGAGAGUGGACGUUCAAAGAUGACAACUUUGCCUCCCUCCUGGGCCGUAUGGGUGCAGUCGACCGCAAGCUCUUUCCCUGUGACAUCGUAGACGUCGACUGGGAAUGGUUCAUCAGCAAUACCGUGCGUGGGUUGCGUCUUUACCUUCUGAACGAGAGCUUUGACACCUUGGAGGCAGCAAGGAAAAGAUACCGUCGGUUAGUCGUCGUGAACCAGACACUGGUCGCCACAGGGGGCGCACUGCUGCUGUUCAAGCUGUGGCAGAUCCUCGUUGCCCAGAUACGACUAUGACUGCCGCGCGGCUACCUAGCGGCAGCGGCAAACUCUGAAGCUCCUCCUGCCCAGCCCAUCCGUCGUCGGGCACAAACUAUCAUUCUCAACACCAAUGUCGUUUUCUAAUCCUUAACAUCAUUACCUGAGCUGUUACAAGGAAAUUCUUUCAACUAUUGUAUUUCCAUAUUCCAAAUGUAAAUCACAAUAACUUCAUUAAAUUUAUUCAUUUAA